CCUUUUAUAACCCUCUUUUGUCUGCAAAAUGGUGGCGAUUAUGAAGAGGAAAAUUCGAAGGCCUUCUUCUCCUCCUCCUCCUCCUCCUCCUCUUGGUUCCGGUACAGGGAUGCUUUCUCUUCCUCCUCCAUUCUUGGCUUCAUCACAUAAUACAUUUCAUUCCAAACCCCUUCAUUUCAAUACCCUCGAUGAAGCCCUCUCCACGUUUAGUCGGAUGCUUCAUAAGCAACCUCCUCCCUCCACUGUUGAUUUUAAUCGACUUUUGACCUCCAUUGCUAAAACGAAACACCACUCCACUCUGCUUUCUCUUUCUCGCCAAAUGGAUUCUUUUGGAAUUCCCCCCGAUGUUUACACUCUCGCCAUUGUCAUUAACUCUUUCUGCCACUUGAAUCGGGUGGAUUUCGCUUUCUCCGUUUUAGCCAAAAUCCUCAAACUUGGCCAUCAACCCGACGCUACGACCUUCACCACUCUGAUUAGGGGGCUGUGUGUUGAGGGUAAAAUUGGUGAAGCCCUCCACUUGUUUGAUAAAAUGAUUGGGGAAGGUUUUCAGCCCAACGUAGUUACAUAUGGAACUCUGAUAAAUGGAUUAUGCAAAGUGGGUAACACUAGUGCAGCUAUCAGGUUACUUAGAAGCAUGGAACAAGGAAAUUGUCAGCCUAACGUAGUCGUCUUUAGCACCCUCAUUGAUAGCCUUUGUAAGGAUAGACAAGUAACCGAGGCUUUCAACAUUUUCUCUGAGAUGAUCACUAAAGGCAUUUCACCUAAUAUUGUUACUUACAACUCAUUAAUUCAUGGUCUAUGCAAGUUAUGUGAGUGGAAACUUGUGACAACACUGAUGAACGAAAUGGUAGAUAGCAAGAUAAUGCCAGAUGUAUUUACUCUUAAUACAGUGGUGGAUGCACUCUGUAAAGAAGGAAUGGUUGCUGAAGCACAUGAUGUAGUCGACAUGAUGAUUCAAAGAGGUGUGGAGCCUAAUGUAGUCACCUACAAUGCAUUGAUGGAUGGACACUGUUUGCGAAAUGAAGUGGAUGAGGCGGUCAAAGUAUUUGAUACAAUGGUUCAUAAGGGCUGUGUGCCUAAUGUUAUCAGCUAUAACACCUUGAUCAAUGGUUAUUGCAAGAUUCAAAGCGUAGAUAAGGCCAUGUAUCUCUUUGAAGAAAUGUGUCGACAAGAAUUGAUUCCUAACACUGUGACUUACAACACCCUUAUACAUGGUUUAUGCCAUGUGGGAAGACUCCAGGAUGCAAUAUCACUUUUUCAUGAGAUGGUAGCUCAUGGUCAAAUUCCUGAUCUUGUCACUUAUCGCACUUUAUCGGACUAUCUAUGCAAAAAUCGUCAUCUUGAUAAAGCUAUGGCUUUGCUGAAAGCUAUUGAAGGUAGUAAUUGGGAUCCUGAUAUACAAAUUUAUACUACUAUCCUUGAUGGCAUGUGUAGGGCUGGUGAACUUGAAGAUGCAAGGGAUCUCUUUUCCAAUCUCUCCUCCAAAGGAUUGCAGCCUAAUGUUUGGACUUAUAAUAUUAUGAUCCAUGGGCUUUGUAAACAAGGGUUAUUAGCUGAGGCAAGUAAGUUAUUUAGUGAAAUGAAUAAGAAUGGCUGCUCACCAAAUGAUUGCACUUAUAAUUUGAUUACUCGAGGAUUUUUAAGGAAUAAUGAGGCAUUGAGAGCUAUUGAACUUCUUGAAGAAAUGCUUGCAAGGGGAUUUUCUGUUGAUGUAUCCACAACCACAUUGUUAGUGGGAAUGUUAUCUGAUGAUGGAUUGGAUCAAUCUGUAAAGCAAAUUCUAUGCAAGUAUGUGCAGUAAAGAGUUAUAAUAUUCAUCAACUCUAAACAUGGAAUUCUUGGAGGAUCCCACUCUUCUUUGUAGCUGUUUAUGGCUUUUGAUUGUAUCAACAAGUUUUUGCAAGCAAACGAGUUCAAUUGAUCAAAAGAUCAUGUUGCUACAGGAGAUUGAUCUAUCAAGCAAGAGUUGAAUU